UUGCAUAGUGACUAUCUGUAUUUGUGACAAAUGAUUUGUUUCUUGUUUGAUUUCAAUUUGAAAGUUAGUAUUUUAGUAACUGAAAUUUAAAUAUUAGAAACUAUAAAAAACGUGAUUAUUGUUUAAUUCUAUUUUGUUUAAUUUUUACGACCAUGUCAACAGCCGGAAAUGUUCAGCAGUUACAACUAGAUUUACAAAAUGAACUAAUAACGGCAAAUCAACUUUUGAGGCUAAUAUCAUUAGAAGUCCAAAAAAUUAAAAAUUUCACUAAUCCAGGCAGUGACUUUGAAGUAAAUAUCAAACAAAAUGUUGCUACAAUAGCUAAUCUUGCAAGUAUACAGCAAUUAGAUAUAGAAAACUUACCUCCGGUAGAACAUCUGCAGUUAGAUUUGAGUCAACACACAAAUCCAAAUAUGUCUUACCAACAACAUGAUAGUUUUAGGGAUAAUAUGGAUGAGUCUCAGUAAUUAUUAACUAAAAAUCUAAUAAAUUGUAUGGUUAUAUGUAUAAAUUUUACAUUUUUUAAGUAGAUUUUAAGAUAGUAAAAGAUUUGUUUUCAUUAUGAA